CAUUUUCCCUCCCUCUCGGAAAAACCCUAGACCCUCUCUCUACUCGAAGCUGCACUCUCUCUCUCUCUCUCUAAGGCGUACCCGAGAGAGAUUGCAAUUCGUCCUCACCAGCCAGAAACCCUAGAUCCCAUCAACUAGCGACAGAAGAGGAAGCAAAGAGAGCCUCCAACAAUGUCGAUGUCGAAGAGCUCGAAGAUGCUGCAGUACAUCAACUACCGGAUGCGCGUCACCAUCCAGGACGGUCGCCAGCUCGUCGGCAAGUUCAUGGCCUUCGACCGCCACAUGAACCUCGUCCUCGGCGACUGCGAGGAGUUCCGCAAGCUCCCCCCGGCCAAGGGCUCCAAGUCCAACGCCGACCGCGAGGACCGCCGCACCCUCGGCCUCGUCCUCCUCCGCGGUGAGGAGGUCAUCUCCAUGACCGUCGAGGGCCCCCCUUCCCCCGACGAGUCCCGCGCCAAGUCCGCCGCCGCCUCCGCCGUGUCUGGCCCCGGCAUGGGCCGCGCCGCCGGCCGGGGCGUUCCCACCGCCCCCCUCGUGCAGGCGCAGCCGGGGCUGGCUGGUCCUGUCCGUGGUGUUGGUGGCCCGGCCCCGGGGAUGAUGCAGCCGCAGAUUUCACGGCCGCCCAUGCCGCAGCUCUCCGCCCCGCCAGUCUCAUACCCUGCCGCUCCAGUUAUUCGACCCCCGUCCCAGAUGCCGCCGCCCCCCUUCCCUGGGCAGGGGCCGCCGCAAAUGGGUCGGGGACCGCCGGGGCCUAUGCCCCCUGGGCAGUUCCAACCCAGGCCAGGUGGCAUGCCUCCUCCGCAGUUCCCUGUGCCUCCUCAGCAGUAUGGGCAAAGGCCACCUAUGGCACCGCCACCUCAAAUGAUGCGAGGGCCUCCAGCUCCACCGAGGCCGGGGAUGCCUGCCCCACCCCCACCACGCCCAGGGAUGCCUCCCCCGCCUGGCGGUCAAGUGCCUGUUUAUGGGCCACCGCGUCCAGGAAUGCCGCCUCCCCCAAAUGCCCCUCAAUCUCAGCAGCCACCGCAGUGAUUUUGGGUUUUGACUCAUGGUGUGAAGGUCUUCAACCAGAUGUUCAUCUUCUCAUGCUGGCUCAAGGCUUUAAAGUCCUUUGGAUUGGCUUGGAUGUUUUAGCUUUGCUAAGAUGGGCUUAUGGAUUGGUGUCAGAUUAGCAUAGUAUCAAGCAUUGGACCUUUUGGCAAAUGCGGCUUGUUGUGGGAGUGUAAUGUUCGCAAUCGGUAUAUAUAGACAUUUUUCGUAGAGUGCAGAGGAUUGACCGAGCAAUGCCGAACAAGUUUCCUUGACAUGUUUCUAUACUCCCUCCUUCCCCCAUCUGACAAUCUUUAAUUUCAUUUUCUUUAAAUUCAGUGUCAUUGUCAGUU